GGUGAUGCCGGCUUGAUCCAGAGCCAUGUCCAGGUACCUGAAGCACUUUACGGUGGUGGGCGACGACCCCGUGCAGUGGAGCAACAACUAUCAGAAAUGGGAAGAGGACGAGGAUGCUGGGGAGAAUGGGGAGAAGCAGCCAGACUCAGAGAUCAAGCUGGAGCCCGCCAGGAGCCGUGUCUCCUUCCAGGACAUGAUGAAAAAGCUCUUCAGCUCCCACAGGUUCCAGAUCCUGGUAGUCUGCUUGGUCAUUCUGGAUGCCUUGUUGGUCCUUGGGGAAUUGCUUAUGGACUUGAAAAUCAUCCACCCAGACAAAUAUAAUAUAACCCCAAAGGUUUUCCACUACCUCUCCCUUUCCAUUUUAACCAUCUUCCUGGUUGAGGUGGGGUUUAAAAUCUUUGUCUACCGCUGGGAGUUCUUCCACCACAAGUUUGAAGUGCUGGAUGGGAUCGUUGUCAUCGUGUCCUUCAUCCUUGACAUUGUCCUCAUCUUCCGGGAGCACGAGUUUGAGGCUGUUGGGCUCCUGAUCCUGCUGCGGCUGUGGCGGGUGGCCAGGAUCAUCAAUGGAAUCAUUUUAUCAGUGAAGACCCGCUCAGAACAGCAAGUGUCCAGGCUGAAGCAGGCAAACCUGCAGCUGGCCACAAAGGUUGAACAACUGCAACACAGCUGUGUAGAGAAGGAGCAAGAAAUUGAGAGGCUGAACAAGAUAUUAAAGCAGCACGGACUUGUCAGCGAGCAAAAAUAGGAGGCCAGUUUUCUGAAGUGGGGGAGUCUGCCCAGGAGAGUGCAGUGUUGAAACCUACCAGCUUGACCUGAAAGGUUUUCCUGUCUCCUUGCUUUCUCUUGUAUAGUGUUGUCUAUAAACAUUUUCUAUUUGGCCACUCUUUGAUUAGAUCUUGGGAUUGCAAACAGUUUCACUGGGAAAUGAAUCACA